GUGGUUAUAAUUAAACGCAAUCAAAUCGAAAGCAUUGUAUUAAAAUAAACACACAAGUUGGAAGGAAAUACAAAACUAAUGAUGUUUUAAAAAGUUUUAUGUAAAAGGAAUGAGAAAUAAACCGAACGCGUCAUCGUUUGACCUUUGACGUCACCGAUUCAAACACAUGGUCGCAGUUUCAGCAUGCGUCCAACUCACAGCGGCACCAUGACUAAAUUAAAGAAUAAAAAAAGAAAUUUAGAGGAGAAUGAAGACGACCAGCUGCCCAUCUUUGAUAAGGAUGGCGGUAAAGAUGGUCAUCUAGAUGAUGGUGACGAAGAUCAGGCUGAUCUGUCAGACAGUGAGGAGAGCAUCUUCUCCGGGCUUGAAGAAUCAGGCAGUGACAGUGAUGAUGAAGAUGAGGAGGGAGAUGAUGAGGAAGAGGAGGACGGUGAUGAAGAAAAGAGCUCUGAUGUCGGGGAAGAUAAAGAUGGAGACGAUCGGCUGUCUGCCAAAGAUGUGACCAAACCUCAGAGUUCUGGCCAAAAUUCAAAGGAAAAGGAGAAGAAGAAGAAGAAGAAAGCGUCUGGGAAGGAGGGUGGAGCAGAGAGUGUGUCCGACAGAGACGGCGGCCUCAAGGUUUCCUCACAGGUGGACGAGUACGAGCACGACACGUCCGAUGAGGAGGACAUCCGAAACACAGUGGGCAACAUCCCUAUGGAGUGGUACAAGGACUAUCCCCACGUCGGAUAUAACCUGGACGGCAAGAAGAUCUUUAAGCCAAUCAGGAACAAAGAUGAACUGGAUGAGUUUCUCGACAAGAUGGAGAACCCCGAUUACUGGCGUACAGUCCAAGACAAGAUGACCGGCGCUGAUAUCCGUCUGUCGGAUGAGCAGGUGGACCUCGUGCACCGUCUGCAGGAGGGCAAGUUCGGUGACGUCAACUUCAACGAAUACGAGCCCGCGGUCGACUUCUUCUCCAACGAAGUGAUGAUUCACCCCGUCACCAACAGGCCUCAGGACAAGCGGAGCUUUAUUCCGUCGCUUAUCGAGAAAGAGAAGGUCAGUAAGUUGGUCCAUGCCAUAAAGAUGGGUUGGAUCAAGCCACGCAGACCCAAGGAAACCACACCGCAGUACUACGACCUGUGGGCCAAGGAGGACCCCAACAGCAUCCUGGGACGCCACAAAAUGCACGUCCCAGCGCCCAAGAUGAAGCUUCCUGGGCACGAGGAGUCAUACAAUCCUCCCCCAGAAUACCUUAUGACGGAGGAAGAGAGAUUGGCAUGGGAGCAGCAGGACCCCGAGGACAGGAAGUUGAGUUUUCUGCCGCAGAAGUUCGCCUGCCUGCGGGCCGUUCCCGCGUACUCGCGCUUCAUUCACGAGCGCUUCGAGCGCUGCCUCGACCUGUACCUGUGUCCCCGUCAGCGCAAGAUGAGGGUGAAUGUGAACCCAGAAGACCUGAUUCCCAAACUUCCCAAACCCAAAGACCUGCAGCCCUUCCCGACCACACAGUCUCUGGUGUACCGUGGUCACACUAGUCUGGUCCGAAGCAUCAGCGUUUCCCCCAGUGGACAGUGGCUUGUAUCCGGCUCUGAUGACUGUACGGUGCGGUUUUGGGAGGUCAGUACGGCGCGCUGCCUGAAGACUCUAGAUGUGGGCGGAGCCGUGAAGGGCGUGGCCUGGAAUCCCAAUCCUGCCGUCUGUUUGGUCGCUGUCAGCUAUGACGACACGAUCCUCCUCCUGAACCCUGGCCUGGGCGACCGGCUGCUGUGCGCCGCCACGGAUCAGCUGAUCUCUUCCUAUGAGGAGCCAGAGGAAGCCAAGGACCAGCCUGUGCAGUGGGCCGUCUCAGAGGGCGAAGGUCACGAGCAGGGUCACCGCCUCGUCCUCAAACACCCCAAGGCCGUGAGGCAGGUGACGUGGCACGGGAAAGGCGACUACCUGGCGUGCGUCAUGCCCGACAACAGCAGCAACCUGCAGGUGGUCAUCCACCAGGUGAGCAAGCGCAGGACGCAGAACCCCUUCCGCAAGAGCAAGGGUCUGGUGCAGUGCGUGUCCUUCCACCCCGUCAGGCCCUACUUCUUCGUGGCCACGCAGCGAUACGUGCGCGUCUACAACCUCAUCAAACAGGAGCUCACCAAGAAGCUGAUGGCCAACUGCAAAUGGAUCUCCAGCAUGUCCGUCCACCCGGCAGGUGACAACGUGAUCUGCGGCAGCUACGACUGUCGUCUGGCCUGGUUCGAUCUGGACUUGUCCACGAAACCGUACAAAGUUCUCCGGCAUCACAAGAAGGCUCUGAGGAGCGUGGCCUACCACAAACACUACCCACUGUUCGCGUCGGGCUCUGAUGACGGCAGCGUGAUCGUCUGUCACGGGAUGGUCUACAAUGAUUUGCUGCAGAAUCCUCUGAUUGUUCCAGUGAAGGUUCUGAAGGGUCACAGCAUCACUCAUGACCUCGGGGUCCUCGACGUGACCUUCCACCCGACUCAACCCUGGGUGUUUUCCUCGGGGGCCGACGGAACAGUGCGUCUUUUCACCUAGAGAACGAGACGCGAACAGCCACAACCUCGAGGCUUCCAACCCAGAAAUUACCCAGCAGUUCCGACUCAAUGAGGUUUCUUUACGCUCUCCGAGGACACCGACAUGUGGCUGGCAGGAAUCAAGUGCCUGAUCUGAUAUUGAACAUGUCAUUAUAAUAUGCGUUUGAGCUAUGUUUUGCCUUUUUUAUGUUAGCAGAAAAUACAUCCAGCCGCUCGUAGAUUCCCACUGGACUCGAGUUCAGAGUAACUGACGCUGUAAAAAGAGAGACAGGUUUGGUUUCAAACCCAAAACCGUGAUCGCUCGGAAAGGCCCGUUUCCGUAUCGGCCCGUCUGUGCCCCACAGCAAAUCAAGCCCGACCGCUAAUCCUUGGACAAGGAAGCUGAAUUUGAAAUGAAACAAAUGUCCGACGUUAGGCCGUGCCAAAGGAAACAAGACAUGAAACAAAGCUGUCCUUCACUUACACCUCCUGAUGUUUUCUUAAACCCCUUUACGAAGCGUUUCAUCCAGAUUUCAUCCACCCACCGCUGUCAACGUCUUGAUUAUUGUUUUUUACCUUAACCGAUUGACUUGUGAAACCUUUACCUGUUGUAUUAGCUUUUUAAUUAAACAUGGUGUUUCUUGAA